AUGGACGAUGAGCAAAUGCCAGCAACUAUUUGUGAUGUUCCGACACCAAGUUUCUUAGUAGACCUUGACAAAACUAAGAAUAAUGCUAAGAAGAUGAUAGAUACUUGUGAGAGACUUGAAGUUCAGUUAAGACCACACAUGAAGACGCAUAAAACUGUAGAUCUUGGUACCUUAAUGACCAACGGAACAAAUACAACCAUAGAAGUAUCAACUUUAAAUGAAACCGAAUUCUAUGCUAAGAAUGGAUUUGAUGAUAUUCUAUAUAGCUCGUUGGCGGAUGGAAGAAAAUGGUCCGUAUCUCUUGAAGUUGAUGACGGAUCUGGAAGAACCGGUGUACCGUGGGACAGCGAUGACGUAACCAGCCUUGCAACAAUGGCUACUCAGUCUCCUAAUAUAGACUUCAAAGGGUUGUAUCUGUACAUUGCCAACACGUAUAAAGCUAAUUGUAAAAAAGAAAUAGAAGACGCUAAUAAUGAAGGAACAGAUUUACUGAAAACUCUUUCUAAACCUAUGAUUAUUGUUUUAGAUGUACAACAGUCUACCAUUGGUAGUUGUUGCAGAGAUGAGAUUGCCUGUCGUCUUACAACACGAGUAAUUAGUCAUAAACCGAGCAUUAAUAUCUUCUUGAUAGAUUGUGGAUUUUUGGCUCUUAGUUAUGAUGGAAUGGCAGAUAACCCGGAUGAAUUUUCUUCUUUCCAAGACAACCCUGAUUUAAGUGGGAAGUUUACACCAUCCAAAGGGAAGGCAUGUGCCACAUCAUGUCAACACACUGUUUUCUAUGUACAUUCUGGGGACAAGAUAGUUGAUAUGUGGAGACCAACAAAGUGA